AUGUACGAGUUGCAGCGUCUGGAGCAGUUUGUGAGAAUAUGGCGCAGGCUUGGGUGGUCUGUGGAAGAAACCGACGAUGCCCUCAUGGUGUUUGGAGAGCUGCCGCCUCCAGACUCGGACCUGGCGUCAAAUACUCCCCAGGGAGGCUUGGUGAUCACUCCCAGUACCAUCAAGAGUCUAGCAACAGUACGGAAGAUUUCAGACCUGUCUACAUUGAACUGUUUGCCACUGUUACUGGCGACGGUCGGCAUGUCCCAUGACGACUUUGUCCAGAUCCAAGACAAUGAAGGUCUUGGUGACGAUCUCACCCCUGACACGCUCUGGGUGUAUUACCGGCAUAUUACAGCGGCGAGCAUGGCCGGGGUCCCCUAUUCAGUUCUCUUGAGUCUGCUGAUGACACUGAGCACCGAAGUCACACCUCUUUCUACUCCGGAGACGUGGUUAAAAACGGUCGAGUCUUGGAAGACGCUGCAGGCCGACGGAUGGGAUGCCACAAGCUUGUUUGAUGUGGCAGGACGCUUGGGCUCCAAGAACAUGCAGACUUUAAAGCAAUGCCCGCCGGCUCUUACGGAGACGGUCAUCAAGUAUCUCAGCAAGUUGGAAAAUCGGGUUAGUGGUCUGAAUGCCGCUCUCAUGGUCGAGUCUCCCAAGGACGGAAAUGAUGAUAAAGGCAAAGGCGAAGGCCAAGAUCAGGUUCAGGAGAAACGAAGACAGUUUAUUCUGCAGAGCAGUCUCUUAUCGCAAGAAGAGCUACAAGAUUUAUUCCUGGUCUUCUCUGAAGACGUUACCAUCCAGGUGGAAACAUCUAUUACUGGCGACCUGCUGAUCCCCCUGGACCUUAGGGGCUCUGUAGCAACAACCUUGGAGCUGCUUCUGAAGAAAGCAACAGCUCCAGCUAGAGGGCAUUCUGGUCUAGCGGUACCUUAUCAAGGUGGAAGAAGCUUAGAUCCUGCUACUGGUGAUGAGGACUGCCGCUGUCUGGGGUGUUGCGACGAGCCAGCCGGGCUGGGCGACAGUCUAAGCGAUGCAGAGGCGAGUAUGGGAACUGAACAUGCUAGCUUACUGGUGGUUCUCGAGUCGCCGCCUGGUCCUGGGUGA